AACGAGUUACAAUCCGUCGGGCGCACGCUUUAAAUAAUAAGCUGCAAAUUUUUUUUUUUCAGCGAUGGAACCAAUAAAUAUUUUACAACCUCUAUCAAUAAAUCAAAUAACAUCAGAAUUAACUAAAAAUGUAAAAUUUUCUAAUGAUAUUGAAUGUUUGGUUUGUAACAGCAAAUUUCCUUCAACUGAAAAUGGCACUGGAAAUCCAAUACUUGCUCAUUUGUUGUCCGUACAUAAAAUAGUGAUUGCAGAUGUUCAAAAUAUUCCAAAUUUUCCAAGAUAUAUCAGUUAUUGGAAAGAAAAAUUUUCUACUGUUAAAGAUUUAAAAGAGGUUUGUGUUGUUGUUAAAUCAAACAGCUCACCAGAGGAUAAAGCUCCAUCAGAAUAUUUUUAUAUGCUGACAAAUUUUAUUCCUGAAGAUGAAGCAAUACGAGAUGAGCUCACAUUAGAGAAGUUGGAGAAUGUUCUUGAAGAGCAGCAAUUAGAAAGAAAUGAUUCAUCUUUCAAUAAAACAUGUUUGUUUUGUAAAGAGAGUUUCCAGGGAAACAGAGCAAAGAUUUUCAGGCAUAUGGCUAAAGAGCACAGCUUUAAUGUGGGGAACUCGGACAACAUUGUGCAUGCAUCUGAGUUUAUUGAUCUCAUAAAAAGCAAGUUGGAUAGUUUCACUUGUCUAUGCUGUUCAAAACAGUUCAAAGAUUGGAAUACUCUCAAAGAUCACAUGAGAAAAAAAGGUCAUAAAAGAAUAGAUCCAUUAAACAAAGAAUAUGACAAGUUCUAUCUUAUCAAUUAUCUGGCACCAGGGAAAUAUUGGAAAGAAGUACAAUCAGAACCAGAAUACGAAAAAGAAAAUAUUGAAGAACAAGAAGAAGAAAAUACUGAAAAAGCUUGGGGGGAUUGGACUGAGAAAAAAGGAGCUAUAUCGUUGUGUUUAUUUUGUGCAACAACUGAUGUUGAUGUUAACAAGAUUAUAGAGCACAUGAAGAAUGAUCAUGGUUUUAAUUUAAAUUUGUUAAGAAAAAAACUCGACUUGAAUUUUUAUCAUCAAGUAAAGAUUGUUAACUAUAUUCGCAAAAAGGUAUUUGAAUUAAAUUGCCCGUAUUGCAUGGACAAAUUUUCGACUAGAGGGGAGUUAGAGCUUCAUUUGUCUGCUAAACGUCACUGUCAAUUGCCAGUAGACAAAAAAGCCUGGGACCAACCAAGCUAUUUUUUUCCGACGUUUGAAGACGAUAGCCUGUUAUGUUUUCUUGAAGAUGAUGGUGAAGAUGAAAAUCAAAACAUUAUUUCUUGAUCUGUGAUUCUUGAUCUGUGACUCUUAAUUAUGUGUGUUGUAAACUGCUAAUUAGAUCAAUACAACAAUUUUUUUGAUUC